UCGCUUGAAUUUGUUUUUAAAAUUUUUUUGAAAUUAAAUAGUUUCACUUCAUCGAUAGGAAAAUAAAAACGCUUUUUCGUUUAUUUUUAAGGAAAUUAUGAAAAUCAAAAUGCACUUCAAUUUUUCUUACAGAAAACAUUCUACUUCUAUUUAUAUUUUUAGAUUACAUAGCUUAUUUUUAGAGCAUUGAUAACAUUUUUCAAUUUACCGUUUUUGAAAAUGGCAAAUGUUUUAAUAGCAAAAUCGAUCUACAAAAAAACAUAUGUUUCAAAAGUUGCAGCAGCAAAAAUCAAAGAAAAAGUAGAUCAAGUUGUAAAUUCAAAUGAAAACAACUUAUUUAAAAUCGAUUGUUUAAAACAAAUAGAAAAAGAACAAUAUAAAAGUUUGAUCCAUGAACUUGCUUAUAAGAAGUCUGUAGAAGAGCUAAAGGACUUGGCAAUAAUCAUGAAUGAUUUGGGGCGUUUAACUUCUUUUUUAGGAGAAUUUAGCGGCGAUCUAAAAUAUUAUACCGAGGCUGCAGUAUUUUAUCAGUAUGUCAUUGCGAUACUAGACCAGAAGCUAAAUGAAAAGUUAAUAAGAAUUGAAGAUAAAAAUAAAUUUAUAAAAGAACACCAUAUAAAUCCGUAUCAUCAGUUGGCCCAUAUACAAAAGCUAUUACUUUUAGCAACUGGUGGCGACCAACAAAAAGCGCUGAAUAUACAAGAGGAAACGGAAAAUUAUAAAAAUCUAUUAUCAACAUUGCGAGACGAAACUUCUCAAGUAAUAAAAGAGUUAGAAUCUAAACGUGAACAGGUUAAAAUGGAUAAUCAAAAAGAAAAACUAAAAUAUCAAAAGUAUUAUGUAGAUGAUGUUAGAGCAUGCUUUGAAAACAUAGCUGAUGCAAUGAAAAAGUUUUUAAAAAAAUUAUAUUAUGAUAGUGAACAACAAAUGGUAAUAACAAGGCCCUGUAAAUAUGCAGUUAUAGGACUAGGUUCAAUGGCACUUAAGCAAAUGACACCAUAUUCAGAUUUUGAAUUUGCUAUUUUGGCAGAGAAUGAUGACUAUAAGCAAAGUGAUGACCCUAAAAUAAAAAAGUAUUUUAAAAAUCUAAGCCACUUAGUAAACUUCAAGAUCAUCAAUUUAGGAGAAAGCAUUAUCCCUACAAGUAAAUAUGGUUUGGAUCUGAGUCAUAUAGUAAAUGUAGCGGUUAAUUUAGAUUUAGGAGGGAAAACACCACUCGGAAGAAUAGAGGGCGAUAAAGUAUAUGAUUUAAUACAACCAAUUGAUAUGAUGCUUAGUUAUGUAUAUAAUAAAGAAAAUUGGGCAAGUCAUAUUGAUAAAAACCUGCCAUAUAUAUUGCAAAACGUUUGUUACGUUUAUGGCGAUAAUAAACUUGUGGAAAAUUAUAAAAAAAAAGUUACAGAGUUUUUGCGUAGUCAUGAAAACGAACAAACCAGAUUUAACUGUGAGUUAAGAGCCAUUAAAAUACUCAAUGAAGGUAUAUUAGAGCUUAACUACCUUCAUACAACACCACAUCUUAAACCAAAAGAAACCUAUUUUAAAGGUGAUAUACAUAAAUUUCAACCUGACUUCUUUGAUACAGAAGGUCAAUUAUUUGACGUAAAGCAAGAAAUCUAUCGGUUACCUGAUCGCAUGAUACAUAAUCUUGGUUUGUAUUAUGGUAUUGAAGAAAAUUGUGCUUGGGAUAUAUUAGAUAAAUUAGAGGCUAAAGGAAUUAUUAAUUCACAGGCAGCACUUAAUUUAAAAUAUACUAUAUCUUUUGCUACUUCCAUCAGAUUAAAAACUUAUUCUCAUCACAAAGCACAGAGAGACGAUAUGUCAGUAUUUGUCAGACCAGCUAAAACUGAAUCUGAACUUAAAGAGAGAUCUAAACAGAUAUUUUAUUUAGCUAAAGCAGAUUUAGAAGAACACGGCGAGUUGUUUCAAUAUUUUUAUACAGCGUUACCUUUUCAUGAAAUGAUAAAAGAUUUUUGCAAUCAAUAUCAGACAUUAGACGAAGCAUGCAGGCUAUCUUUUUUUAAAAACAACAAUUUUUACAAAGAUGAUUGUGCUACAAAAGGUUUUAUUUAUUUUAGAUUAGCGCAAUAUAAAAAUGCCGAGCACAAUUUCAAGAAAGCGUUAGAUGAUCCAAAUAAUAACAAUAUAUGGCAAAUAGGGGAAACAUUAGGACGUUUAUAUCUUAGUACUGGUAAUUACGAUCAGGCUAUUAAGCAGUUUGAGUAUUGUUCUAAAACGAUAAAACUGAUUUCUUGUGAGGACCCUCAUAUUAGUAUCUUUAGCGGAGAGUCUUUAAAUAACUUAGGGGUCGCUUAUAGUUCUAAAAACCGUUAUGAUGAGGCAGUUGAAUGUUACAACAAUAGUCUAAAGAUAUACAAAUCUAUAUACAAAGAUGAGCCUAACCCAAACGUUGCCUCCUGUUUAAAUAACUUAGGAGAAGCCUAUAGAAAUAUAGGUCAAUACGAUCAGGCAAUAGAAAAAUUUAAAGAAAGUUUAAAGGUUAUAAAAUUAAUAUGCCAAAGUAAAUCUCAUCCAAGUUUUGCUGCUUCUUUAAAUAAUCUAGGAUUAGUAUAUAACCGGAAAAAAAAUUAUAAUAAAGCAAUUAAAUAUUAUGAGAAAAGUUUAAAGAUUCACAGGCUUAUUUACAAAGAUGAACCGCAUCCUCGAGUUGCAGAUUGUUUAAACAAUAUUGCAAUAACUUAUCGAGCCAAUGGACAAUAUGAUCAGACCAUCAAGUAUUACAAAAAAAGUCUUAAGAUUUAUAAAUUUGUUUACCAAGAUGAAUUUCACCCCGUUGUUGCUGAUACUCUUUAUAAUUUAGGGAUAGCCUCUGCGGCAAAGUUGCAGCAUGAUGAAGCUGUUAAGUAUUAUGAUGAGUGUAUACAAAUUUACAAACACAUUUACAAUGAUGAACCUCACCAAAACAUUGCUUUAUCUUUCAAAAAUAUUGCAGCUGUUUAUAAUGCAAAAGGGCAAUAUGACAAGGCGAUUGAGUGUUAUGAGGAGAGUCUUAAAGUUUACAAACUAAUUUAUCAAGAUAAACCUCACCCUGGUGUGGUUAUUGUUUUAAGUUCUCUAGGAAAAGUGUAUAAAAAUCAAAAUAAAUAUGACCAGGCAAUAAAAUACUAUGAGGAAAGCCUAUUGAUGGAAAAACUGAUUCAUCAAGAUAAACCUGAUACUAGUGUUGCCGAUAGUUUACAAAAUCUCGGAAUGUUGUUUAAACUUGUUGGAAAACAUGAUUUAGCAAUUAAGUAUUUCGAGGAGAGUUUAAAAAUGAAAAAAUUAUUCUAUAAAGAUGAACAUCAUUCUAGUUAUUCUAUUACUUUAAAUUUGCUUGGAUUUGUUUAUGCUGAUACAGGUGACUAUGAUCAAGCAAUAAACUACGCUAUGCAAAACUUAAACUUAAACAAAUUAGUUUAUAAAAACCAACCUUAUCCUGAUGUUGUUGAUUGUUUAAAUAAUCUUGGAUUAAUUUACAGUGAUAAACAACAUUAUGAUCAAGCAAUUAACUGCUUUGAGCAGAGUCUGGCAAUGAAUAAACUUAUAUACCAUGAUAAACCUCACCCUAGUGUUGUUACUAUUUUAAAUUCUCUAGGAUAUAUGUAUAAAAAUAAAACCAAAUAUCAUCAGGCAAUUAAGUAUUAUGAGGAAAGCCUAGCGAUGGAAAAAUUUAUUCAUCAAGGUAAACCUUACCUUAGUGUUGCUGAUACUUUACAAAAUCUUGGAAUGUUGUAUAAACUUGUAAGAAAAUAUGAUUUGGCAAUUAAAUAUUGCGAGGAAGGCCUUAAAGUGAAAAAGUUUAUUUAUAAAGAUGAACAUCAUCCAAGUUACUCUGGUUCUUUAAUUUUUCUUGGAUUAGUCUAUGCUGAUACAGGUGAUUAUGAUCAAGCGAUCAACUACACUACGCAAAACCUGAAUUUAAACAAACUAAUUCAUCAAAAUCAACCUCAUCCUGAUGUUGCUGAUAGUUUAAAUAAUCUUGGUUUAAUUUACUACGAUAAAGGGCAAUAUGAUCAAGCAAUUAACUGCUAUGAGCAGAGUCUAGCAAUGAAUAAACUUAUCUACCAAGAUAAACCUCACCCUAGUGUUGCUUAUUCUUUCAAUAGUCUUGGGUUACUUUAUAUUAGUAUUGGAAAGUAUGAUCAGGCAGUUAAUUACUGUGAGGAAAGCCUUAAAAAUUAUAAACUAGUCUACCAAAAUGAACAUCCAGAUGUUGCUCAUUCUUUAUACAAUUUAGGUAUAGCUUAUUUCUCUAAAGAAAACUAUGAUCAGGCAAUUCACUACUUUGAGCAGAGCCUACAAAUGGAAAAGCUUAUAUAUAAAAAUCAACCUAAUCCUAGAACUGCUGAAAUUUUACAUAACCUUGGGUUAAUUUAUGUUAAUAAAAAGCAAUAUAAAGAUGCCAUUAAUUUCUAUGAGCAAAGCCUAGACGUAAAAAAACUUAUCCUCCAGCACCAACCUCAUCCUAGUAUUGCUAUUUUGUUAAACAAUCUUGGAAUGGUUUAUGCUGACAUAGAGCAAUAUGACCAAGCAAUUAAAUACCAUCAGCAAGCUUUGCAAGUUAUACAAGUUUUUGAGAAUCAUCCUUAUACAGCUAAUAUAGAAAAAUGUUUUCAAAAAACAGAGGCAGCAUUUGUUGAAAAAUCUUCUUCAAAUCCGCAAGAGAUAACUUCAUUAAUGCUGCGUCAACGACAAUCAAGCCCGCAAGAGAUACCCUCAUUAAUGCUGCGUCAACAACAAUCAAACCCGCAAGAGAUACCUUCAUUAAUUCUACGUCAGUAGCAUUCAAGCUGGUCCGUUCAAUUUUUCUUUUUUAAAUAAUAAUUUUUAGUCCGUUCAAUAUUUUAGUAUUUUAUUUAUUUUAUUGUAUUAUAAAGACCAUAAAGUUAUGUUUUAAAA